CUCAGAUUGGCUGGGCCGUCCGUUUAGAAGAAGACGAUUGAGAAAAAGUUUGCCUGGGCCGGUGUGGCGUAGCAAUAGCCGCCGGCAACAAGGUUUUCGUGUCUCAAGCUCAAAGUCUGAGCUCCAGAGCCGCUGCUUACAAUUGUUGGAAAUGGAGGAUUUGAGCAGCGAUGAAAUCCCAACGGAGGCCAAGAAAUCUAAGACACCCAGAAAGCGCAAGGAAAAGGAAAGCGCUCUUAAGCAGAAAUCUCCGGCUGAGUUCUUUGCAGAGAAUAAGAACAUUGCUGGAUUUGAUAAUCCAGGAAAAUGCCUUUAUACUACUGUAAGGGAACUUGUCGAGAAUUCCCUUGAUUCUGCGGAGUCCAUCUCUGAACUUCCUGUUGUAGAAAUAACAAUUGAAGAGAUUGGCAAAAGCAAGUUUAAUUCAAUGAUUGGUCUUGUUGACCGUGAACGUGUUGAUGAGAAACUAUAUGAUGAUUAUGAGACGGCUAAGGCCAGGGAGAAACGAUUAGCAAAAGAAGCCCGCGCUCAUGAAAUACAAGCAAAGAAUGCUGCCCUUGGAAAGAAAGUCAAAGAGCCUCAAGGUACUAAGGUCAUAAAGGGUCGAGGUGAGGCUUCAUUUUAUAGGGUGACGUGUAAGGAUAAUGGAAGAGGAAUGCCACACGAUGACAUCCCGAAUAUGUUUGGAAGAGUUCUGUCUGGCACAAAAUAUGGCUUGAAGCAGACACGUGGGAAGUUUGGACUUGGUGCUAAGAUGGCAUUAAUUUGGUCUAAGAUGAGUACCGGCCUUCCUAUGGAGAUCUCAUCAUCAAUGAAGGGCCAAAGCUACAUUUCAUUCUGCAGGCUGGAUAUUGAUAUUCAUAGGAACAUUCCUCAUAUUCAUGCACAUGAAAAACGGGAUAAUAAGGAAAGGUGGCAUGGGGCUGAAAUUCAAGUUGUAAUUGAAGGCAAUUGGACUACGUACCGUUCCAAGAUAUUGCAUUACAUGCGACAGAUGGCUGUUAUCACCCCUUAUGCCCAAUUUCUUUUUAAGUUUGUAUCAGAUGCAUCUGAUAAAAAUGUAACUAUAAGGUUUGCAAGGAGAACAGAUGUAAUGCCUCCAGUUCCUCUUGAGACAAAACACCAUCCAUCUUCUGUUGACUUACUACUGAUCAAACGCCUUAUAACAGAAACGUCAAAACAGAGCCUUUUGCAGUUUCUUCAGCAUGAAUUUGUAAAUAUAGGAAAAUCAUAUGCAGAACGAUUAAUUGGAGAAAUGGGUCCUGACUUCAACCCCAAAAUGGCAGUUAAAUCUUUAACUUCUCAGCAAAUUGUUCGUGUCCAUCAGUUAUUUCGUCAAGCCAAGUUUGAUGAUCCAAGUGGUGAUUGUCUUAGUCCUGCAGGGGAGUACAAUCUUCGCCUAGGGAUUAUAAAAGAGCUGCAUCCAGACAUGGUUGCUACUUAUUCGGGCAGUGCUCAAGUUUUUGAAGGCCACCCCUUCAUCGUGGAAGCUGGUGUCAGCGUGGGUGGUAAAGAUGUGAAGCAGGGUCUGAACAUUUUCCGAUUUGCAAAUCGGAUACCUCUUCUUUUUGAGCAAGGUGCUGAUGUUGUGACUAGGACUGCCCUUAAGAGAAUCAAUUGGAAUAGUUACAAAAUCAACCAGACUCAAGAUAAAAUUGGUGUCUUUGUGAGCAUUGUGAGCACAAAAAUCCCCUUUAAAGGGACCGGGAAGGAAUAUAUUGGAGAUGAUAUAACCGAAAUAGCCUCAGCUGUGAAGUCAGCGAUUCAGCAGUGCUGUAUCCAGCUAAAAACCAAAAUAGUGAAGAAAAUGCAGGCUCGUGAGCAGCAGGAGAGAAAACGAAAUCUAAGCAAGUACAUCCCAGAUGCUACAGGUGCUAUAUAUGAUGUUUUAAAGGAAAUGUCGCAGUUGCAUUCAUCAAAAAAGAAACGGUAUGACAAUGAGGAUACUGAACUGCUUGGGAAAGUAUCAGCUCGUUUGAUUACAAAAGAAACACUCCGGGAAAAGCUUGCCCAGCAUGUUGAACAGGUAGACUAUGAGAUGGCAUUGGAGUACGCUACACAGAGUGGAGUGAGCGAGGAGCCACGAGAAGCGAUAUUUUUACAAUCACUGGAAGCUGACGAUUGUUUCAUUGACUUGCAUAACCCCAUUUUCGUUUUUAGACUGUUUCAUUAGUAGUAGAAUGGAUAUAUAUUAUGUAGAAACAUAGCUAUCUUUGGUAUUUUCUUUAACAAACUGAAACUUAUUUUCUUGUGAGUAACCUUUUAGGCGCAACAUGGUGUUUUCACCAGCAAAUAAUAUGGCAUGUGUUCUCAUUAA